AUGGCGACAGCCGAGCAUGCAAUCCCCGUCAGUGAGCAGGUGAUGGAGCUCCCAUCGCUUCCCCCAAACCAGGGGGUGGAAGCCAUGAAAGACAUCGUCUUUGGAUCGGUGGCUGGAAUGGCUGGUAAAUUGAUCGAGUACCCAUUCGAUACGGUCAAGGUUCGACUGCAAUCACAAUCCGAACACCUACCCCUCCGAUACACCGGUCCCAUGGACUGCUUCCGUCAAGCCUUACAGGCCGACGGCGUGCGUGGACUUUACCGAGGCAUCAGUGCCCCUAUGACCGGGGCCGCCGUGGAAACUAGCUGUCUGUUCUUCAGCUAUCGCCUUAUCCAGGAUGCCGUGCGGGUGAACAUUUUCCCCAACGUUGAACAGUUGCCCUUGUGGGUGUUGGUGGCCUGUGGAGCAGGGUCAGGCUCCGUCACAUCGCUUGCCCUUACUCCGAUUGAACUUAUCAAAUGUAAGAUGCAAGUCCCCGCGGCGUCCGCGGUGGGUCACAAGGCUCCCGGACCCCUUCUCCUCAUAGCGUCGAUCUUCCGCCAUGAGGGUAUCAAGGGAUUCUGGCGCGGUCAGACCGGCACAUUGAUUCGAGAGACCGGAGGUAGUGCAGCCUGGUUCGGUAGCUACGAGGGAGUCUCGGGUCUUUUCCGGAGAUAUGCCCCUCGUUCUCAAUCGUCCACCGACAGUCUUCCCGUGCAUCAACAGAUGAUUGCAGGCGCCACCGCGGGAAUUGGCUACAACUUCUUGUUCUUCCCGGCGGACACCAUCAAGUCUCGAAUGCAGACCGAGGAUAUCUCCCGGCUCCCAGCCAACGGAAAACGAAAGACAUUCUGGAGCGUGGGUCGUACCUUGUGGCAGCAGCAAGGCCUCAAGGGCAUGUACCGCGGGUGCGGGAUCACCUGUGCGCGAUCAGCCCCCAGCUCCGCCUUUAUCUUCGCUGUCUACGAAGGAUUACGAUCCUACUUUUGA